AUGCAUCUCCAUUUGGUUUACAACUUCUGGCCUCUUGGGCAAAAAAGCACAUGGACUUGCAAUACGUCAUGGGCCUUGACAUGUGACAGGGGCCCAUCGGGCGCCUCCCCCAGACCGCCCGGGUGGAACGCGGCUUCAGCGCGGCUACCAAAGGAAGGCUGUCUGAUGCUGCCUCGGCUCAGCCGCAACGUUGCGGCCAACGGUAUUUUCUACCUUGCAUUCUACCUUGCAGCCCACAAUCUUUCUUUGCUACAAGGCCUCCUCUUUGCCAUUGCCAUUGCCAUCAGAUCAAUCAUGUCUUCCUUCUCGCGAUCACUACGACCCUUUGCGCGCGCUGCUGCCGCCCCGUCCCGCCCGCUUUCACGCGCCGCCCCGCGUGUCGCCCCGCAGACUCGAUGCCUCUCUGCAACGGCAAGACGGCCAGAAGCCGUUGACAUUUCCGACGUACCCCCAACGCCCAUCACGCACCUGUCCGAGACUGAGCAGCUGAUGGGCGAGUCUGUGUCCAAGUUUGCCAACGAUGUUGUUCUGCCCAAGGCACGAGAGAUGGAUGAAGCGGAGACGAUGGAUCCCGCUGUGGUCGAGCAGCUGUUCGAGCAGGGUCUCAUGGGCAUUGAGAUCCCAGAGACCUACGGCGGCUCAGGCAUGAACUUCACCUCGGCCAUCAUCGCCAUUGAGGAGCUCGCUCGCGUUGACCCCAGUGUCAGCGUACUGUGCGAUGUGCACAACACAUUGGUCAACACAGCCAUUAUCAAGUAUGGCUCCGAGCGCAUAAAGAAGGAGUGGCUGCCCAAGCUUGCCACCAACACGGUGGGCUCCUUUUGCCUGUCUGAGCCGGUUUCGGGCUCGGAUGCGUUUGCGCUUGCGACCAAGGCCACACGAACAGACAAUGGCUACAAGAUCAAUGGUAGCAAGAUGUGGAUCACAAACAGCAUGGAGGCGGGCUUCUUCAUCGUCUUCGCCAACCUCGAUCCCAGCAAAAAGUACAAGGGUAUCACGGCCUUCAUUGUGGAAAAGGGAACCAAGGGUUUCUCUAUUGCGAAGAAGGAGAAGAAGCUUGGUAUCAAGGCAAGUAGUACCUGUGUCAUCAACUUCGAUGAUGUCGAGAUCCCUAAAGAGAACUUGCUUGGCAACGAGUAUGAGGGCUACAAGUACGCCAUCGCGCUCUUGAACGAGGGACGGAUUGGCAUCGCCGCGCAAAUGACUGGUUUGGCGCUUGGUGCAUGGGAGAAUGCUGCGGGCUACGCAUGGAAUGAUCGCAAGCAGUUCGGCCAACUGGUAGGAGAGUUUCAGGGCAUGCAGCAUCAGUUAGCGCAAGCCUGGACGGAGAUCCAGGCCGCUCGUGCCCUCGUGUACAACGCAGCUCGCAAGAAGGAGGCUGGAGAAGACUUCGUCAUGGAUGCAGCCAUGGCCAAACUCUAUUCUUCACAGGUCGCUGGCAGAGUAUCGAGCUCGGCUGUGGAGUGGAUGGGCGGUAUGGGCUUUGUACGAGAGGGGCUUGCGGAAAAGUACUUUCGGGACAGCAAGAUUGGUGCCAUUUAUGAGGGAACGAGCAACAUCCAGUUGACAACGAUUGCGAAGCUCCUGCAGAAGCAGUAUACCAAGUAG